AUGCUCCUUCCCUCACGUACCCCAAUCUCUUCCGAUGAUGACUUCUUCGAUCCCUCCUCCCCCUGCGCCGACGCAUGGCGUCAGUUCGGUCGUGACCUCCAGGACAUGCUCGGUCGUAAGCCCUGCGGCUUCGCCCUCGUCGACGUCUCCAAGAGGCCCUCGCCCCCCCUCGUCUACCUCUCCGCUGAGAUGACGAAGCUCCUGGGCCUCCGCUCGCCUCGCUCGUGGCUCGGGCAGCCCUGGAGCAGGCUGCUGCGGCUCUUGCCCGACGACCGGGAGGAGGAGGCGAGGAUCGAGCGGGUGCUCUACGGCGAGGAGGAGGAGGAGGCAGCUGCCGCCUCGUACGCGCAGUGCGUGCGAUGCGAGGGGGGGGGCGGGGAGAGGAUGUGGGUGCACGUGUACGUGCAGUCGGGGGCGAGGCGGGGGGUGCCUUUCUCAGCGAUGUCAUGCUAUGACGUGACGGAGCUGGUGGAGGGGGAGGGAGAGCUUGAGGAGGAGUCGAGGAGGGUACAGGAGGCGCAGGUGAGGACGGGAGAGGAGGCGGAGGCUGGGAGAGAGCUUGACGACGUGUGGAGAAAAUUUGAGACGCUUGGAUGA